GCCGUAUCGAGGCUGAUGUCCUAGAUAAAACGGAACACUGCAAUCACUCCAUUCCUGCGUAAUUCGAGCUCCCCUCAAAAUUCGCUCAAUCAUCCCUCACUUAUUGUGUGGGUCCUUGGUAGAGUAUAGAAAUCGCCAUCCAGAUAACGAUGAAUAUCGCACACACACGAGUGGUCGACAGAUGCACGCCGCGAGAUAAAUUUGCUCGCAAGCAUAUCUCUUUGUUGAGCACAGCUCGCGCCAGCACCGACGAUUCUCUUCUCACACCUCCAAGUUCUCCUUGGGGCAAUGACGUGCGUCCCCGACAGCGUUCGCGUUCGCAUGCAGCCUGGACUACAGAUUGGCGUUAUUUGCCAACACCUAUCCGCCACGCUUUCCGACCCGCUGAUCUUGAUCCACCAACGCCACAGGAAAGCCCAGAGGAUGAUGGUGAUGCACAGACGAUUUCCCUUGAAAUUUUCGACCGUUCUCUGCGCGACGUCGAAUUUGACCCUACAUGUCUUGAUGCCUUAGACAAUCAACUUCUACUCUCCCCUACCGACUCUUUCUCAGACGUCUGCUGGGCAGAGGCUGUCCGCGACGAUACCGUCACUGUGCUUCAGCCUUUGCAACCUCGAAUACGCAAAAGCGACACUGUGUACUAUAAUCGUAAUAAGGUGGCAAGUGAUGAAGAUCCUUAUCAUGACUGGGAUGAAGACUUCUCGGUAGAGGCCCACGCCGUGCGCAAUACUUCUCCGCCACCGUUGUCUUCAGUGCCGCGUCUGAGCCCGUCGUCUUCACCACCUCUCUCACCACGAGAUGCCGUCCUUGCAGUCCUGGAAUCUCGUUUCCUGUACCACAACGCCAACGACUCGAAAUCCAUCAUGCUUCAGUCAUUUCAACGUUCGGAGGCUGUCGCAGAGAUGAUUUGUGAAUUUCGUCAUUAUGGCAGGAUCAGAGUUCUCGACGUGAUGGUCCAUGGUGUCACGACCCACAACGGCCACUAA